UGUGUGUGUGUGUGUGUGUGUGAGAGAGAGAGAGAGAGAGUGUGUGUCAUGGAGUCGCGGGAGCAAUGGCUUGCAGAACGAGACCGAGGACUGUCUUAAUUCACCGGAGAGAUCAUUUCCGUUAUUAAAAACAUAAUACCAUGAUAUCACAAGCCAUUCUGCUCGUAAGCCUCCUCCAGAUGUCUGUAUAGUGUGUUAGAUCCCGGUUUUCAAGUUGAAGAUUCAUCACGGAAAUCCGACAACACAGCAAAUUCAUCAUUUCCGUCGUUCGCUACGAAGGGGGGCAAAACAAAUUCAUCAUUUACAGGUGCUUAAAACUAGAAGACAAACGCGUCCUGACCGUUUUGCUGUGGAAAAUGUGUUUAAUGUCGACUUCGUUUUAGGUCAAAUCGCAUGGUUUGGUCUUUAAGCUUUGCAAGCAAAAUAACUUUAUUGUGUUUUUUUUCGCCUAACAACAUUAAAUCAACUGACGCUAGGCCUACUUUAUUUAUUUUUGUUGAUCAAGCAUUUUGUUUCUUGAAUUAUUGGCUUUAAGCAUUUACAGCAAGAUCGCUCGAUGGUGAACCUGGCGGAAUAAUGAAAAUUGGGUCGGAAUAAUGAGACUGCCAAAUGAUUACAAACAGGACAGUUUGCUUACGAAUACUAUUCAAUUUUUGAAAACCACAGUUUCAAAAAUCAAGCGGAUCUUCGGCGACCAAAGGAGGAAAGCUUGGAGAUACGAGUAGAGCGAGGGAAGCGACCAGUGGGAGUUCCGGGGGAGGAGGGGGUGGGUGAAAAAUGUUGCCCUCUCAAGAAGCUUCUAAGAUUUACCAUGACAACUAUAUGCGGAACUCGCGCGCCAUUGGCGUACUUUGGGCUAUUUUCACCAUUUGCUUCGCCAUCAUAAACGUGGUGGUGUUUAUUCAGCCCUACUGGAUCGGGGACAGCGUGAGCACGCCGCAAGCCGGCUACUUCGGCCUGUUCCAUUACUGCGUUGGGAACGGAUCCCCCAACCGCGAGCUCACCUGCCAGGGCACCUUCGCCGACUUCAGUUCCAUCCCCUCGAGCGCCUUCAAAGCGGCCACCUUCUUCGUGCUGCUCUCCAUGGUGCUGAUCCUGGGCUGCAUCGCCUGCUUCAUACUCUUCUUCUUCUGCAACACCUCCACUGUCUACAAGACGUGCGCCUGGAUGCAGCUGCUGUGUGCGGUGUGCCUGGUCCUGGGGUGCAUGAUCUUCCCGGACGGCUGGGACUCUGAGGUGGUGCGGGACAUGUGCGGGGAGGAGACGGGGAAGUACACCCUGGGGAACUGCUCGGUGCGCUGGGCCUACAUCCUGGCCAUCAUCGGCAUCCUGGACGCCCUCAUCCUCUCCUUCCUGGCCUUCGUCCUCGGGAACCGGCAGAACGACUUCCUCCUCGACGAGGUCAAGGCCGACAACAAAGAUUUUGCAGUAUCCAGGAUUGAAGUACGAGGAAGCAGAGACCCGAAUUUCAGAGUCCGUCAGUACCGCUGAUCAGACCCCUCUCUCCGCCACCGCCUCCCUGUCCCCUGGGCUUCCAACCCCCCACCCCCCAUCUGGUCCUCAGGUCAAACACCAGACAACUUUUGCUUGUGAACCCAGAAGACAAUUGUUUGUGACAUCCUGGUUUAAAAAACAAACCAAGUACAAAAUUAUUAAAUACAGAAAGGUGUGAAAAGAAAUAGAUAAAGCAAAUAAACAAACCACAACAGCUUCAGAAAAAUAAUCCCCUUGAGUAGACCCUUGGAAACACAGUACAGGACUUAAAUGCUAUUUCUAUGACUAUCAAUGACGCUGAUUACUUCUUCGCUGCAGCAGUGUUCUGUCAUUCUUACUUGUCCGUUACUUAACUUGCAGAUUUUUUUGUUUUCAGAUUUUUAAAAAGGGACUUUGUUGGAGAAAAGCUAUCGUUGCCAACUAACUGCAGGCACACUGGUGCUAAUUUAGAACAAAAAAUUUAAACAGCGCACCAUGUAGUUUAGGAGAUUAUGCUUCAAAGAAGACUGCUGCCUGACGGAAAGCCUGCUCUCUAAGAACUAAGAUCAAUGCUUGUCAGCUGCAAAUACUGUAACUGACACCUUUCUGAAGAACACAAAAGAAAACACAAGAAAAACAGGGUAAGAAGUGUAUGCAUUUUCUGCACCCUAAAACAAUCCUUUAGAAAGCCUACUUCAAUGCUUUACAUCAUGUGAUCUGGUCUCCAUUGGGGGUUCCAAGUACAGAUUUAGGAAAUGCACUGAGAACCAGUGAUUUCUUUUCCGGACCUAAUCUCCAUCUGACCCUUGACCUCCAGUUCCAAAGGAAGGUCUUGCACUACCGAAGGGUACCGCACUGGAAAAGACAUGUCGGCGAAUCAAGCCAUCCCCCUGAACCCCGAUUUAGGACUAAUGUAGCCUGGCGGAUUUCCUUUUGAGACAUCCUUUGCUUUCAGUUCAUGGUUUUGUUUCAGUCAGCAAUGGUUUCUUCUGUUUAAUGUGGUUAUUACCCAAAUGUGAGGGCAGGUGGUGGGGCAAUGCUUGCCAGCCAAUGGUGAUUUCUGACUGGUGCAAACCUAUUUGAUGUUUGCCUGAGAGGAAAGCUCUCCAUGCUCCAAAUUCCGUCGGGGGUGGUGGUGGUGGAGGGGGGGGUAUUUUUUUCUGUGUGCAUGGACAUCCUCCCACCUUCCACCUGACACAGUUACAGCGACCAACACACACUGUGCUGUCCCGACUGGCUUUCGCGCUUUCCCCCCAUGUCUGGCUUUCACGUCCCAACGUUAUGCAGGUCUCCCAACGUGUCUCCGCAGCACCACAGAAAUGCAUGAGGGGCCGCAGGAAUCCUGCCGUGGGACUUCUUGUAAGCUCAAAUUUAAGACCCACAUAGAAGAACAUGAAACCAAAAAAUUUUAAAUUAAAAAAAUAACUCUGAGAACAGUUUUCUAGUAGUCUAGAGAGAUAAGUACUGUAGUAGUAGAAUAAGGUUGCCAACUGCGUUCAGAACACACAGAUUAAUUUUUAUUAACCGAUGCAAUUAAACAUUUCUUUAAAUAAUAAAGAAGCAAAUCUGUUUGCCUGUGUCUUAAAUUAUCUGUAUCUGGAUUCUGUGAUAAUACAUUUUCAACUUUUAGAUGAGCCGUAUAGACAGACAAUGUCACAAGAAUCCAGUUUGUUAUGCUAUAAUAGCAUCUCCUGGAUGACUGAGCCUUUGUGUUCUAAGUUUUGUUAGUACAACUCAAUAGACUGAGUCUCAUAGUUUUAAUAUGUAUUUGUAGAUCAGAGCAAUCUCUCAGGAAGUUGCACUGUAAACAAAUAAGAAAAAAGUAAGAAAUACUAACGGCUCAUUUUACAUGAACCCUGAAGAGCAUUUCCAGCCUGCAAACCAUGGCGUACGAGGUUAAGGGACAUUAAAGAUACUUUUUCAUGAGCACAGAAUACAUAUUCCUUUGCACUCUUCCACUCCUGCUUCUCUGAGCUAAUCUGAAAGUUUUUUCGGGAAUCUCGCCCAGAUUUGCGGGUGGAUUUCGAGACCGUAGCAGCCUUUCAAAGCCGAAUGGAACAUCACUAUAAUGCAAGGAGUUAAACGUCCCAUUUUGAUCCUUACGGUUUCUUACAUUACUUCAGGAAUAUACAAACACAAUGAAUAUAAAUGUUAAGAGUAUUGUCAGUGGCAUGCCUGUGUCAUCGCUGAUAAAGGGACUUUCAAAAAGCACCUUGUUCCUUCUAUCAGUACAGUGGGCAGACUCAUUACGACUGAGCUAAAGCGAGAAAUCAUUCCCUGAGAGAAAUCAAGCAAGACAGCCCUCCUCGUCUCUUUGGCAGCAGUGAGGUGAUGAAAUAAACGGAUCUGACAGGAAAAUGUUCGACAGCAGCACAAGUUUCCUCGAACCAAUAAAAAUACAGCAACAUUUUGUCAAGAGAGUGCCAAGUACACUUUCACAGACUUUGAAAAAAAUCCAGAGCGAAAAUGGUAAGGAGACUCGAGGUGUGGAAAUACCAUAGCAGAUGAGAAUACCUCUAUUACAAACUUGAAGAUGACCCUGGGUUGUUUCAGUCAAUAUGAGUAAUGUGUCACAAUUCAAUGUUUAAAACUAAUAGAAAAAUUGAAACAUCUUUAGCUAUAAUGACUACUAGUUUCAAAGCACCACAGCAGUGCAAAUAUAUGCAUCCCAUUUGAUACAAUGUUUACAAAAUGUUUACAGUAAAUAUAAUCAAAAUCGUUUUUUUUUUUUUUUUUGGUUAAAACAGUAUUGGUAUUAAAAACAGUAUUCUGAUUUGACAGUAAUAAAAUGAAAUGUUCAUAAAAGCAAUUUCAGCAUAACAUUCUGUUGAAUAUACUAGAUAAAUGAAUUAUUUUAUCUUAAAUCUUAUUCUAGAAGGUACAUUUUAUGCAUAUUGGAGGUGCCACUGAUUAAUUGACUUUAUUAAUAUAUUGGCAUUUAUUGAGAAAUGUAAGUUUUCACACUCAAAUAUCUUAUAUCUUAAUGUUAUCACUCAUUUUGGGACAAUAUGUGCCUAAGUAUCUCUGCUGCCCCCUUAAUAGUCAGUGGCAUGGGGCUGUAGUUCUAUGGUAUUUUGCUAACAUGUAUAGUACUGAUUUAACAAUGACUUAAGCAGCACAAGGUGCCUCAGGAUCUUUCCCCCAGGGGGCUGGAAACAGUUUGAAUGAUAAAGGGGAUGUGAUAUUUCGACAGAUUUAUAGAAGGAAGAAAUACAGCAAUGGUCCAAAGUGUUCACAGUAAGGACCAUUUCAGCCAUGCACGUAGAAGCUACAUCAAUGAAACGCAUGGGUCACAAAUACUGUCUCGCAUUCUCCAAUGAAAAGUUCACCUGUGAUUCAUUUGCAAUGAGAAUUCUUGCCCGAGUGAGAAAAUGGAUUUUAGCUAAUCAAGCUGUAGGACCAUGUAGUUUUGGCAGAUACGUAAUGGUUUCAGAUAAACAGUGGUCCAGUUUCAGUGUCUAGAUGGAUUAGUGUGUGUGUGUGGAGGGGGGGGGGGGGGGGGGUGUAACCUGGUGUAACCUGUGUAAGCCAAUAAACUAUUAGAUGGUCAAAAGGACCGCAAAGAGAGCUGUGGUUAUGUGCUGGAGUACGUAGGAAUGAUACUUAGAAGUUAUGUGGGAGUUGUGCAAUUGAAGAAUUUACUUGUGGUUCACACUAUAAAUAAAGAAAUAUAUACAUUUUAAAAAACUGCCCUUCAGGCAACCUGUCCACACUGUAAGACAAACACAGUCAAUCAGAUGUGCCAAAAUAUGAUGUUAACAAUAAUGCCAAUAAAUGUUUGACAACUGUAAAUAGGACAUUAUAAUACAUAUUUUAUGUCCAAUGUGUCUCUUGGAAAUAUCCAUCAACAUCCAUCAUAAAUAACUUUGAAGGAAUCUCAGCAGCAUUGAAGAGCUGAAUUAGAGAUCUUAAACAAACAAGCACACACAUAAGAUAUGUGCAUGUAUGAGAGAGCCUGAGAUAUUUCUUCAUUAACAAUGUGAACAUCCAUAUCUUCAUUUGUUUUUGUUCUAAUAUUUUUCCAGAAUUGUAAUCAGUUUUUUAAAAAAAGGACUUUGCCAAAAUGAGAUACAAAAACUGUGGAAAUUAUUUUUCAUUUAUGUAUUAUUGACUAUGUAUAACAUGAAUUGAGUAAUAUAUAUAUAUAAAUAUAUUUUAAUUUUUGCUUUGAGUAAAUGUUAUUUACUUUGAGGAGAUGCUGUGCUGUCUUUUGGUGUUAUGAAAUGGAGAUAUUUAUGAGAGAUUGUCUUUCGGAAGCAAGACAUGAUGACUGCUAUCACUUCUCACAUGUUCGCUGUUGUUUAUUUAUUUUUAUUUUUUAUCAAAUAAAGGUGUGAAGAACAUGCAUUCUCCAGACCACACAUGGUGGCUAAAGGCAAAACAUCUGUGCACAAUUGACUCAAGUCAUUAAAACAGGUGAAAACUAUUUUAUGCCAAUACUGGUGAAUAACAACAUCUUUCUUGCAGGAUUCUGCAGUUUUUACUUGACAUUCGCUUAUUUAAACUGUAUAUUAUUUCUAAGUCUUUAAACCUUGGUAAUGUGAAAUGGAAGCUUGAUACUAAGAUGUUUGACAGAGUAAAUACUGUAGCAUUUAAGAAUUGUGUGGUGAGUCUGACACACUAUGUAUUAGGGGUGUCGUUUCAUGAGGAGUUCAAAUUGGGGCGGUGAUCAGACCAAUCAUGCUCUGAGCAGCCCCGUCCGUGUACCCCGGUAAACUGUGAGAAAGUGGUUCAACCUCAUGAAGCCAAAAUGACAUGUCUGAUGAAAGUUCAUUGGAAAGUUUGAAUAAAACAAGUCUGACUUGAA